AUGGAGGCCAAAGAGGACACGCAGACGGCAUCUGCGUACAUAAGCAAGAUAAUCAAGGGAUGCGCGGCUCUCCAAAAGCACGCCCCCGGCAUGCUUCACUUGAAGCUCAUCGCCGCCUGGGCUCUCUUGGCUGCAGGCGAUCUGCACAGCGCUCAAAUGAAGGCCUCAGACUUUCAGAGGUCCAGCCCAGAGGACCCCAUGGGCCACCUUCUCAUUUGCCAAAUUUACCUCCAGCUCGGGAAAACCGAGAGCGCUCGCCUCGCGCUGGAUGAGUCCGUCAGUGCGAGCUUCGCUGUCCGCGAGCUGCCGCUGUACCAGAUAGUCAGCGCCAAGGUGCUGAUGGCCGAGGGGCGUCUCGAAGACGCCAAGAUGGUGAGAACAUAG